AUGGCCAUUUCAAAUUUUGGUAAUACCAACAUUCUUACUGUAAUCUGUGAUAUCUGUUUUUUAUCCAUAAAAGAAGAACCAAUAUUUCAAUGUAUACUGUGCAAAAUCGAUUUAUGUAUUUUUUGUUUUUACGAUCGUCUAGAAAUAAGUUCACACAAAAAUUCGCACGAGUAUCGUGUUUUUUUAUGCACAAAAAAAUUGAAUAACGAUUGGACGAUUUUAGAAGAAUUAAUAUUUUUUAAUGGUUUAGGAAAAUAUGGCAUAGGAAAUUGGGAAUCAUUAAGUAAAUCUGUUGGUACAAAAACACAAGAAGAAGUAGAAUUAUUUUUUUACAAUUUAUUUAAUAUUAAAAAUAAUAUUAUUACUAAAAAUAAAGUAUUUGAAAGAACUAGUAAUCCUUUUAGAAGUAACAUAUCUAUUUAUAUGAAUAACAGACAAGAUUUUGAUGUAGAAUUUAUGAAUGAUUAUGAAGAAAUAAUAAAAGACAUGGAAUUUACAGAUAGUGAUGAAGAAAUAGAUCUAAAAGCAAAAAAUGCCAUAUUAAAAGGAUAUGGAAAUAUUUUGAGAAUGAGAAAAUAUCGUAAAAAAAUUAUUAUUGAUAAACAGCUCAUAGAUGUAGAAAAAACUAAAAGUUUUGAGAAAAAGAUGAGUAAAUAUGUAGAUAUAGACAAAUAUAAAUUUAUACUUGAAUACCUUACCUUAUCACAGUAUAAAAAUUUUAUAUAUGGAAUUUAUAAAGAGAAUUAUUUAAAUAAAAUAGAAAAAAAUGAAGACAAUAAGAUAGAUUACGAAUUUGUUUUGAGUCAAGCAGAAAAAAAUUUUUGUAAGCAAGCACAAAUUUCAAAUAAAUUAUUUGAUGAAUUUAAAAAUAAAUUCGUAGAAGAAAAAAUAUUUAGAACAAGAUCGUUUUCCGAUGAAAUUGAGAAUAUUAUUUCUGACGAUGAACACAAAAAAUCACAGAUUAUAAACUUCUUUAAUACACAAAAAUAUUUUAAUUAA